AUGGGAGCGGACCCUCUGAUGCUGGAGCAGCAGGGACCAGUGAUGGCUGCUCCCAGCAUGCACCAGUCACACAGCAUGCAGCCAGCUCACCUGCAGGGUCAGACAGCAGCGUACAGCCAGGGACAGUACCGGCCGUAUCACUGUCCUGUUCAUAACGUCCUGACAGCACCAGCCAGUCUUCCUCCUCCUCCUCCUCCUCAGACAUACCGGCCGUAUCACUGUCCUGUUCAUAACGUCCUGACAGCACCAGCCAGUCUUCCUCCUCCUCCUCCUCCUCAGCAGACAGUUAACAAGGCACCGGUGGUGACGCUGAAACGAGGCCAGGGCCUGCGCUGUGUUGGGAUGCAGAAUGGAGAGAUGGUGUACGAGGUGACAGAUUUCUCUCCUCCUCGUGUCUCUGCAGCUCCUCCACUCAGCUUCUCUGAAUCAAAGAAGACAAAGCGUGAGAGCCAGCAGGAGGAGGAGCGUCCGUACGUGAAGAGGCCUCCUAACGCCUUCAUGCUCUUCCUAAAGGAGCAGAGAUCAGCUGUGGAGGACGAAGGGAAAGGGACCGCCAUCACUAAUAAAGUCCUGGGGGAAAAGUGGAGGUCUCUGACAGAAGAGCAGAAGAAGAAAUAUAACGAACAGGCUGCAAAAGAAAGACAACUCCACGCCGAGCGAUACCCCGACUGGUCCGUCAGAGAGAACUAUGGCAAAAAAAGGAUGAGGAGGGAGGCUCCCAGCAAGGCCGGAGGUAAGACUAUUUUAGUGUGUCAUAGUGUGUUUUUAUGUGAAAGGUGA